GCUUCGACUUGAGACACGCUCGAUUCUGACAUUCGUCAAGGAAAGUGAAACUCUUCUCGUCCCUUGCAAUGCUGUUCCAUGGACGUGGAAAAUACAGGACUCAGCUGUGGGACAAACAGACCGGCUCCUUCCUCCCAGCCACCCCCGGCCUCGGGAUGCAUGUGGAGAUCAAGGAUCCAGACACAAAGAUAAUCCUGUCUCGUCAGUAUGGGUCAGACGGACGGUUUACCUUCACUUCCCAUACUCCUGGAGAACAUCAGAUCUGUCUGCACUCCAACUCCACCAAGAUGGCUCUGUUUGCAGGUGGAAAACUGAGAGUGCAUCUGGAUAUUCAGGUUGGAGAACAUACCAACAACUACCCUGAAAUUGCAGCUAAGGACAAACUCACCGAGCUGCAGCUGCGAGUCAGACAACUUCUGGACCAGGUUGAACAGAUCCAGAAGGAGCAAAACUACCAGAGGUAUCGAGAGGAGCGUUUCCGCAUGACGAGCGAGAGCACCAAUCAGCGUGUUCUGUGGUGGUCCAUCGCUCAGACACUCAUCCUGAUCAUCACUGGGAUUUGGCAGAUGAAGCACCUCAAAAGCUUCUUUGAGGCCAAGAAACUGGUGUAACGUGUAUGUGAGUACAUCAGGAAACAACGUAAAACACGAGAGGACAGACUUGACUGGGUGGAACAGAGGGACGUCCACCCACAGAGUCACAGAAACAUCCAGAGGAAGACGCGUGGUGUUUCUAUCAGUCAUAAAUGGUACAAGCAAAUUUACUGUGGCAGUUAUCAGUGCGGGGCAUUGUUUUAUUUUAUUGUUUUUGGUUUCUUGCUAACGUUUUAAGCUGUUGUCGUUUUUCUGUUAGCAGCAACACCAUUCCUACCGCCGUUCUUAUCGUAUCUUCUUGACAUCACUGGUCCGUGUCCUUUUUUUUGGGGGGUCCCUGUCCAAGAAGUUUAUUUUAAUGUCCCACAGGAGUGAGUGAGUACAGCAGGAUAUGUGUAACAAUGAGAAUGUUAGAGCUGUUAAUAACCAAGUACAGCAGCUUUCAGACAUGCGCCGAACUCAGGAGAGCCUCCGGAGUUUCUCUACAGGGGCCGUAUCUGUGAGUGCAAAUGUGUGAGUGGGAGCCUGCAGAGUUUCUGCGGACUUCCUCCGUCAUACCCUGUUGAAUAAAAUCCACAGAAAGAGCGGAGGAGCCGAAGUGAGAACGCGGAAGAACAUCCUCCAUGGGACUCACUGCAUGCGAGAAGGUGUGUGACGUCUCUUAACGGGCAACAGACGCAAGAAGGAAAAAUUACAUCGAAAAUAAAUAUCUCUCUACACGCGUAGAGGAAAGAGAGAAAGAUGUCAGGAGAGCUUUUGGUCAUAAAAGCUGACGUCAGUGUCCAUGAGCUGUAAACACACAUCAUCUGUGCUGCAGUUACAUCCUGCCCCUGCCUGCUGCACCACCCCACACCUGAACGUUGUGGAGAUUUCUGUAUUGCUGUGAAAGCUUUUAAGUGGAGAAUUUCCUUUGGUUGAAAGGCAAACUCUGGAGAAAGUCUGGACCCAAUCCUCUGGACUUCCUCUGGAGUUCAUGUCUAAGAACAUCUUAAUUUAUUGAUUCCUGAUUUUGUUCGUUUGUUGUUAGUGUUGCACAGUUUUAUAUUUUCUUAACAGUAGCUUUCAGCUGUGGUCACACUUGCAAUGCAAAUAUACAGGCCUUGAUUCCUCCAUGUACAUGCGGUGACACGUUGCUUGAACCCCUGCAUUUAGUAUUUAUAAGCAGACCAUAAACACUUAAUGGUUUAUAAUUGCCUGAAAUAUAAGGUAUUGAAAUCUCCCAUGAAGAGAAUUCACUGGUGAUUAGACAGAUAAUUCAUCUUUAAUGAUAACACACAUCAACAGAUCCUCAGUGUGUUGUAAAAAGUAAAGUUCUAUACGUGUCCAUCUGUCACAGGUGAGUUUAUAAAUCAAAACUCACAAUGACAUGUUGAACCUGAAGAUUAAUUGUAAACCUUAGAGGCAGUUUGACCAAAGAACAAAUACAUUUAAUUCAAGGUUCACUUCCCAUCUUGUAGCUCUCAGCCCCAUCGUGUGGCCUUCAUCAGAAAAUAUGGUUUGCAGUCUUUUGGAGUAAUUGUAAAUAAAUAUUCCACCUGACAUGAACGCAGUCAAUAACCUAUAUUUUAUAUGUCGACUUGUCAGUUAUUAUUUGUCUGUAGACCAGUCACACUCUCUUCACAGAAGAUGCUGUGACUAGUGCAUUGUAAAUCAUUACAUGUUCACUUCUUAUCAAUAUGAAACAGGGGUUUAAACGAGGUGUUACCAUCCUUCCACCGCCUGUACAUAGUUUCCACAUGGAGUCCAGUUCGCUGCUCAUUUUUACCAGAGCACGGUCUGUAGUUACAGUUUGUGAUACUCGCCUGUGAUUAGCAGGAUUCUAAUGAACGGUGUAAAUAACAGGUAUCACUUGGUGAUUGUUUUCUAAUGCCUUUCAUACGGACUAAAUGAUGUGCAAGUCUUUACAUUUGUUUCGGUUGUGUCACAGAGUUGUUUCGUGUCAUCGACUUAUUUAUUGAGCAGUCAUGGUCUGGGUUUUAUUGCUUAUGAGACAUUUGAAUUUCUCAACACUGGACAGCGUUUUAAUUGUUAGGAGUUCUAAUGAAGCAUUUGUCAUUUGGAAGGAAAAGUCGUUUCUCUCUUACAUUUGAAAUGUCCAUUUAAAACUGCCCUCGAGAUGCAAUAUUUCCAAUGUAAUUUUCUUUUCCAAUUUGUUACAGUAAUACUAAUACUCUUCCAGCUUUUCCAGAUGUCACGUGCAUGUUCGUAAUAAACUGUCUCUCAUCUUAUUUGUGCCACUUUGCCUCGUCUUGAAGAAAUACACAAUAAAUGGCUGAUUCUU